AUGACGACCGUUGUCAACCUCCCUAGGGAUCCAAAUACCCUGAGCAAUUACAAUAAUUGGGUGUCUACUCAUAUUACUGCAAAUUUCGACAUCCUUUUUGAUCAGAGAAAGCUUGCUGGAAAUGUGAUCCAUCGGUUCCGUUCUACCACUGAUGGCGAGUCUAAUCAUAUCAUCCUGGACACCAACCAUCUCGAUAUUGGUAGUGUGAAAGUCAACGGACAGCCAUCCGAGUGGGAGUAUCUUCCCCGACUGGAACCGUACGGCACCCCUCUCAAGAUCAAGCUCGAUCAAGGUGUGAAACUCAACGAAACUAUUGAGGUCGACAUAUCCGUCCAAACCACUGAGAAGUGUACUGCUCUUCAAUGGCUGACACCUGCUCAAACAUCAAAUAAGAAGCACCCUUAUAUGUUCUCUCAGUGCCAGGCUAUACACGCCCGGUCCAUCUUCCCCUGUCAAGAUACGCCGGAUGUCAAGUGUACGCUGGACUUCAACAUCACUUCGCCUCUUCCGGUGAUUGCCAGUGGACUCCCCGUUCGGGGUUCAUCUGAGGCUCCGAAGUCCGAUGGUAAGACUUUAUACAAGUUCCACCAAAAGGUCCCAAUUCCAAGUUAUCUUUUUGCGUUAGCCAGCGGUGAUAUCUCUGAAGCCCCGAUUGGGCCCCGUAGCGUUGUUGCAACUAGUCCCGACAAGCUCGGCGAGUGUCAAUGGGAGCUCGAAGCAGAUACUGAGAAAUUCAUCAACGCAAUCGAGAAAAUUGUUUACCCUUACGUUUGGGGAGAAUAUAAUGUGUUGAUCCUUCCCCCCAGUUUUCCGUACGGGGGAAUGGAAAAUCCAAUCUUUACAUUUGCCACCCCUAGUAUCAUCUCAAAGGAUCGGGAAAAUAUCGACGUUAUUGCUCAUGAGCUUGCGCAUAGCUGGAGCGGUAACCUUGUCACUAAUGCCUCGUGGGAGCAUUUCUGGUUGAACGAAGGCUGGACUACUUACCUCGAGAGACGGCUGCGCCACGGCGAGCCUUAUCGUCAUUUCUCCGCCAUCAUUGGAUGGAAGGCUCUCACAGACUCUGUAGAGCACUUCGGUCCUGAGCAUGACUUUACCAAACUUAUCACCAACCUGAAGGGCAUGGACCCAGAUGACGCUUUCUCAAGCAUUCCGUACGAGAAGGGAUUCAAUUUUUUAUUCCACCUGGAGAAUCUGGUUGGAAAGAGCAAGUUCGAUCGUUUCAUCCCUCACUACUUCAAUAAAUACAAGGGCAAGUCACUUGACUCCUAUGAAUUUAAGAGCACGAUCUUGGAUUUCUUCAAGGAUGAUUCAGAUGCCUCGACAGCACUGAACGAGCUCGAUUGGGACAGCUGGUUCUAUGCCCCUGGUCUCCCUCCGAAGCCGGAUUUCGACACGUCGCUCGUUGAUGUUGUCUAUGAUUUAGCUAAAAAGUGGCUAUCUUUGCCUAAAUCUUCCUUCAAGCCUCAGCCAGAGGAUAUCCGAGGCUUGACCGCGAAUCAAGUCGUGGUCUUUUUGGAACAGAUUCUCGUGUCUGAGCGUCAGCUGACUCCUGAAUUGUCUAAGCUGAUGGGCGAAAUUUACGGGCUUGCGGCGAGCCAGAAUAUCGAGGUGGCCAACCUUUACUUCCAAGUCGGUCUGCAGGCAGGCGAUGCAAGUGUUGUUGAACCUACGGCAGAUCUCCUUGGCAAGAUUGGUCGAAUGAAAUUCGUGCGACCCUUGUAUCGGAAAUUGGCAAAGUUUGACCGUAAGCGUGCCCUUGACACGUUUGAGAAGCAUAAAGGUUUCUACCAUCCUAUUUGCCGUGCCAUGGUUGAAAAGGACCUUUUCGGUAAGAAAGACGAAUAG